AUGAUGCACUCCCGACUGCGGCAACUCCUGCUCCUGCUGCUCCCGCUCCUCGCACACGGCCUGCGAGCGGCGCCACGCCUGCACGCUGCUCACGCACCAUCGCGCGGCGGGCGUGUCGCCGCGCUCGACGCCAGCGGCCUCGAUGCGGCCGCGGCGUGGGCGGCUUACAACGUGCAGCUUGUUGAGCACCCGCUGGUAACAAAGGCGCUCACGGCAGGCCUGAUCAUCGGAGCGGGCGACGCGGCGGCGCAGACGCUGGAGGGGAGGCAGACGGGCGCGCCCUUUGACGGCGUCCGCUACCUCCGCUGGGCGAUCUUUGGCCUUGUGCUGCAGGGGCCCUGGAACCACGCGUUCUACCAGCUGCUCGACGCCGCGCUGCCGCCCACCGCGGACCCGUUCACGCUCACCACCCUCGAGAAGGUCGGCAUCGACCAGUUUGUGCAGGCGCCAAUCUUCACCGUCAUCAUCCUGUGCUUCUUCGCCGUUGUCGAGGGGAAGGGCCUCGCCUUCGCGCGCGAGCAGGUGAAGAACGACCUCGGCGGGAUCCUCGUGAAGAACUGGAGCGUCUUCCUGCCCGCCACGGUGAUCAACCUCGGCUUCUGCCCACCGGAGCUGCGCGUGCUCUUUCUCAACUGCGUUUUCUUCGGUUGGGUGGUCUACCUGUCACUGUUUCUGAAUGCGGAGGGCGAGACCGCCGAGUGA